AACUACAACAACAACAUCAAUGUAAACAAAAUAAGUUUACCCCAACUUAAAAAUCUUAAAAGUAACCACAUCGGCCUUUGCAAAUUGCAUAAGUGAAAUUGGGAUAUCUGCAUGGUGGCUAGGCGAUCAAAUGUAAUGAUUUUCACAGCCUCAAUCGCGUUGCUGGUCAGCAUUUUAUUGCGGCAAACAUUGUGUUCAUUUCCAUUCGAAAACAUUUCCUUGCCAUGGGACGAUCGAGUAGACGAUAUAGUUUCAAGAUUGAACCUGAAAGAAAUUAUGCUUCAAAUGUCACAUGGAGGUGCGGGUACUAAGGGCGGACCGGCCCCUGCCAUAAAACGGUUGGGGAUCGGACCCUACCAGUGGAAUGAGGAGUGUUUGCAUGGCGCAGCAGAAGCAGGGGAGGCCACUGCUUUUCCCCAGGCAAUCGGGCUCGCUGCAGCCUUCAGUCCAAAGCUGAUGUUCGACAUUGCUGAAGCCACGGGUGUGGAGGUUCGUGCUAAGCACAAUGACUAUGUGAAGAGGCAGGAGUACGGGGACCACAAGGGCCUGAGCUGCUUCAGCCCUGUCAUCAACAUCAUGAGACAUCCACUCUGGGGUCGCAAUCAGGAGACCUAUGGUGAGGACCCAUACCUCAGCGGUGUCUACGCUGCCCAUUUUGUACGAGGGCUGCAGGGCGAUCACUUCCGCUAUGUUCGGGCCAAUGCAGGCUGUAAGCACUUUGAUGUGCAUGGAGGACCGGAAAAUAUUCCUGAAAGCCGAUUCUCAUUUGAUGCCAAGGUCAGUGAGAGAGACUGGCGCUUGACCUUCCUGCCAGCAUUCCGCCAGUGCGUACUGGCCGGCUCAUACAGUCUCAUGUGCAGCUUCAACAAAAUCAAUGGCAUACCAGCCUGCGCAAACCAGAGGCUGCUGACAGAUAUAACCCGCAAGGAAUGGGGUUUCCAAGGUUACUUUAUCAGUGACGAGGAGGCGGUGGAAAAUCUCGUCCUUUAUCAUCACUAUGCCAACAGCAGCAUGGAGGCUGCCAUCGACUGUAUCACGGCUGGUCUAAACAUAGAGAUCACAACUAGUCGCAAAGACCCAUAUUUCUUUACCAUGAUUGACGCAGUAAACCAAGGGAAGCUAUCAGAGAUUCUAGUCCGGGAAAGAGUUAAGCCCCUUUUCUACACGCGGAUGAGACUGGGGGAGUUUGACCCCCCUGAGAUGAACCCCUAUCUCCAGUACAACAUGUCCCUGGUUCAGAGCCCCGCCCAUAGGGCUCUAGCGGUGAAAGCGGCCAUGCAGACCUUUGUGUUGCUGAAGAAUGCAGAUGGUUUGCUGCCCAUCAAAAAGCACUUCAAUAGUAUAGCUGUGGUUGGACCAAUGGCAGACAACCUCGGUGAGUUGUACGGGAGCUAUGCAGCUGACCCGGACCCGACAUACGGGACCACUCCUCGCCAGGGGCUCAAACCCAUGUCAGACGUUCUGAACUUUGCCUCGGGUUGCUCUGAUACCAAGUGCACCAAUUAUUCAUCGAGCGACAUACAGGGGGCUGUGCAGAAUACUCAGUUGGUUGUGAUUUGCAUUGGCACAGGUCAACAGAUAGAGACAGAGGACAAUGACAGGCGUGAUAUGAUGUUGCCAGGCCAGCAGGCCCAGAUCAUACAAGACACCAUAAAGUAUGCCCCGGGUGUUCCUAUCCUCCUGCUAGUGUUCAGCGCAGGCCCUGUCAACAUCAGUGACGUGGAUGUAGAUCCACGAGUGUCAGCAAUCAUGCAGUGCUUUUUCCCCGCCCAGGCGACGGGUGAGGCGCUCUACAAUGUGGUAACCAUGGCGACAGAUGAUGCCAGCCCAGCAGGGCGGUUGCCAUACACCUGGUACGAUACUGCUGACCAGAUUCCCUCCAUGACAGAAUACACAAUGACCGGCCGGACAUAUCGCUACUUCAAAGGGAGUCCACUGUAUCCGUUUGGCUAUGGCCUCUCAUACACCAAGUUCCAGUACCUCAGUGCAGAGCUCAUCCCAGUAAUACAGGCCGGGGAUGACCAAUAUCUGUAUGGAGAGCUCAUCAAUGCAGGAGGAGUCAGCUCUUAUGAGGUUGUUCAAGUGUACAUGUCUUGGAGAUCGACCAAUGAGACGAUGCCACAGCUCCAGCUGGCAGCCUUUGACCGCUACUUUGUCAGUGCAGCGUCCACUCAGGAGUUCAAGUUUGUCAUCACACCUGAGCAGAUGGCUGUUUGGACUGAUGCCCAGGGAUUUGUGGUCCAGCCAGGUUUCAUAGACGUGCAUGUUGGUGGACAGCAGCCCAACCAAGCACGCUCUGUUGGGUCCAACAUCCUAACCACGUCUUUCCAGAUUGUGGGACAGGUCAUUUUGGGGCCAAAUUAGUCGUCUGUUGAGAUAUUGUCUAAGUCUUCCAAUACCAUUCCAUGCAAAACAUAUUUUUCAUUAUUUCUUUUCAAGAUACUUGUAUGUUUGGGGAACUUGUUAUUGGACAGUGGUGCACAUCAGCUGAAUGUACUUUGUAGUUAAUCAUAUGGGGUAAAUGAAUGAUGCAUAUUUCUGACUGAACAUGUGUCAUGUGUUUCUCACUUCAAGGUAACUUUUUUUAUUUGCAGUAAAAUUAACCCAUGACGAAAUUUAUUAGAAAAGAUUCAAAUUUUAAAAAUGGUUAUGUAUCAUGUAAAUUGAUGAAAUACUUGUAAUUUUCUAUGAAUGAACAAACUAGCCAUGAAUGAUUUCUGAAGUUAUAUUUUAAAUUAAAUUGUUUAAUUAAUAUUUUAAAUAUUUUGUCAAUUAUUGCUUAUUUAACUGGUGCUAGAGUUAGCAUUCAUUGUGCAAUGCUGGCAUUGCUUUGGUUGUUAUGAAUAGGUGAUAUCAUAGAUAGUGGCAACAGGUAAUGGAUGUCAAAAUAUAACCAUUGAAGCUAAUACAUUUUAACCAUACUAUAAUAAAUUGAUAGAUCUUUGUAUUGUCUUAUUAUGAUGUGGAGAGUGUACCAUUUUUGUUUGCCACUAUGUCCCACAUCCUUAAUUUCACAAUAUACCCAUAUUUGUAGUUCAAUGAGCAUUUCAGCUCAUCUUUCAUGCUUAAAAUCUCACAAGAUAAUGAUAAUAGUACCUGUUAAUAUUCAGUGUUGUUUGUAGAACGAAUGUUAUUGUAUCGUUGUUUCAUGCAAAUUGUUUUCAAUUGAUCACCAAUUUUAAUAUGUUAAAUGAAGUUAUUUUAGGAAUGUAUUACAUAUGAUCAGAAAUCGCGUUAUCAGAAUUGUAUGAUCAUCAUUAUAUUUCAUCACAAAUAGUUCAUGAACUCAAUUUUAAAUUAUAUGUUGAAAACAUAUCAAGUGUUCUUGGUAAUGAAAGAAAUAAGUGCAUUCACAAAAGUCAUAAACCUGAUUAAGAAAAUUAUAUUUUUCACAUAUUAAUGAAAUCUCAAUAAUAUUUAACGUACACAAACUUUUUAGCUCACCUGUCACGAAGUGACAUGGUGAACUUAUCUGACCGUGUGAUGUCCGGCAUCCGUUGUGUGUGCGUGUGUGCGUGCGUCCGUCAAAAUUUGUUUGUGUAGACAGUAGAGGUCACAGUUUUCAUCCAAUCUUUAUCAAAUUUGGUCAGAAUGUUUAUCUUGAUGAAAUCUGGGUUGGGAGUGUAUUUGGGUCAUCUGGAGUCAAAAACUAGGUCACUAGGUCAAAAACAAGGUCACAUAAUUGGUCAAAUAAUAGAAAAACCUUGUGUAGACAAUAGAGGUCGCAGUUUUCAUCCAGUCUUUAUGAAAUUUGGUCAGAAUGUUUAUGUUGAUAAAAUCUGGGUUGGGAUUGUAUUUGGGUCAUCUGGGGUCAAAAACUAGGUAACUAGGUCAAAUCAUUGAAAAAUCGUCAACAAUUUGUUUGUGUAGACAGUAGAGGUCACAGUAUUCAUCCAAUGUUUAUGAAAUUUAGUCAGAAUGUUUAUCUUGAUAACAUCUGGGUUGGGAUUGUAUUUGGGUCAUCUUGGGUCAAAAACUAGGUCACUAGGUCAAAAACUAGGUGAACUUAUAGAAAAACAUUGUGUAGACAAUUGAGGUCGUAGUUUUCGUCCAAUCUUUAUGAAAUUUAGUCAGAAUGUUUAUCUUGAUUGUAUUUGGAUCAUCUGGGGUCAAAAACUAGGUCAAAAACUAGGUCAAAUAAUAGAAAAACCUUGUGUAGACAAUAGAGGUCGCAGUUUUCAUCCAAUCUGUAUGAAAUUUGCUCAGAAUGUUUAUCUUGAUGAAAUAUGGAUUGUGAUUGUAUUUGGUUCAUCUGGGGUCAAAAAACUAGGUCACUAGGUAAAAUAAUAAAAAAACCGUCAACAAUUUGUUUGUAGACAGUAGAGGUCGCAGUUUUCAUCCAAUCUUUAUGAAAUUUGGUCAGAAUGUUUAUCUUGGUGAAAUCUGGGUUGGGAUUGUAUUUGGGUCAUCUUGAGUCAAAAACUAGGUCACUAGGUCAAUUAAUAGAAAAACCUUGUGAUGACAAUAGAGGUCACAGUUUUCAUCCAAUCUGUAUGAAAUUUGGUCAGAAUGUUUAUCAUGAUGAAAACUGGGUUGGGAUUGUAUUUGGUUAGUCAGGUGAGCGAUUCAGGGCCAUCGCGGCCCUCUUGUUUAAAUAUGGUUUUAUUUAAAGAGAAAAUAUGCUGCUUUUGUGUUGUUGUUGUUGUUAUGAAUAAAUAUUUGUUU